AUGCAACGAUGCGUUGAUAACGUUAUUGCUGUAACCAAAGAGUCGGUAAAGACAGUCACUUAUGAAUCAUUGAACAAUGUUGUAAGGCUGAUAAAUGGAGUAUCAGCUAUAUUGUUGGCUAUCUUACCAGGGAAAGCUUCUAUUCUUGAAGGCAUUCAUGGAUGGGAGCUUAGGCCGACUUUUUGUGGACCUCGGCUCCCACGUUGGAUGGAAAAUGGUGUAUCAUCUUUCAAUCAGUUCAUUCAUGAACUCUCCGUAGAUUCUGACACAUCCUCAAGUGUGGAUUAUUCAUCUCAAGAAGAGGAUAGUGACGAUGACAUUCAUCCAGGGUCUCCUUUCUCACAAAGUUCUCGACUCUCUAGGAGAAGCAGUUUUACCAACCGCAAUAGAAGUUGGAUACGUUGGCUCAGAUGUAUUCUUUCAUGGCUUCUGUUCCCUUUGAAAUUACUUUUGGGCAUACCCCUUUAUUUCUUUACUUCGUCUUCUCGUAGGGCUUCUAAAGCCUCUACUAAAUCAGGAAACCUCCUAUCUUCAAAUACAAAUUCUCCUAGAAGAUCACAAACCCUCAAGGAUCAUAUUGUUCAACGGGCCACGGAUCGGAGACGAGGUGUUGUUGAGGAUCUGCAUCUAGCUAUUGAGAUCUUCAUAGAAUCCAUAUUUGAUGCUGUUCAUAAAGUAGCGCAUUGUGUUCUAUCGCCAACAGACACCUUCAGAAGAUUGUUGAGAUGGCUUUCUCAUAACAGCAAUGUUCAUACAGACAUUCCUGCUGAUUGUGUGGGCACCCGUGUCUCCACGGCCGUUCUCUCAGAUAAUGACCCAACUCCUGCAGAAACAACCACUUUUAACAAUUCCCUCAAUACAGAUGCUCGGACAUGUCGAGAUGUCAUAACAGAGCUCGGGUACCCUUAUGAAGCCAUUCGAGUGGUUACUGCAGAUGGAUAUAUUCUUGUUUUGGAAAGGAUUCCAAGGCACAAUGCUCGAAAGGUUGUUUAUCUGCAACAUGGAAUAUUAGAUUCAUCUAUGGGUUGGGUGUCCAACGGGAUCGUCGGUUCGCCAGCUUUUGCAGCCUUUGAUCAAGGUUAUGAUGUUUUUCUUGGGAAUCUUCGUGGGCUGGUUUCCAGAGAACAUGUUGACAAAAAUAUUUCAUCACGACAGUAUUGGCGUUACUCAAUUAACGAGCAUGGAACGCAGGAUAUACCAGCAAUGAUAGAGAAGAUACAUGAAAUCAAAGUUUCUGAAUUGAAGUCUGGCCAACAUGAUCUGGAGGAAGGAAGUAGCAGUGAACAGCCUUAUAAAUUAUGUACAAUUUGUCACAGCCUUGGAGGAGCUGCUAUUUUGAUGUAUGUCAUUACACGUCGGAUCGAGGAGAAGCCCCACAGGCUUUCAAGAAUGAUUCUACUAUCACCUGCUGGCUUUCAUCAUGACUCUACAUUUGUGUUCACAAUGGUAGAGUACCUCUUUCUUUUGGUUGCUCCUGUCUUAGCACCCUUUUUGCCAGCUUUCUACAUCCCCACUCGUUUUUUCCGUAUGCUGCUGAAUAAGUUGGCUCGUGACUUCCACAACUUACCCGCAGUUGGGGGAUUGGUACAGACCCUUAUGAGUUAUGUUGUUGGUGGGGACAGUUCAAACUGGGUUGGGGUAUUGGGGUCACCACACUAUAAUAUGAAUGACAUGCCGGGUGUAGCAUUUCGUGUGGCACUUCAUCUGGCACAAAUGAAGCACUCGAAGAAGUUUAGCAUGUUCAAUUAUGGGAGUGCAGCUGCCAACACGGAAGAGUACGGUUCUCCCGAGCCACUGGACUUGGGGGAAUACUAUGGCUUUAUUGAUAUUCCUGUUGAUCUUGUUGCUGGGCGAAAGGACAAGGUCAUUCGGCCCUCUAUGGUGAGAAAGCAUUAUAAGUUGAUGAAAGAUGGUGGAGUAGAGGCUUCAUACAAUGAGUUUGAGUACGCGCACUUGGAUUUCACAUUCUCACAUCGUGAAGAAUUAUUGGCCUACGUUAUGUCACGUCUCCUACUGGUUGGUCCCUCUUCAAAGCAGAUAUAUGGGCAAAAACCUCUCAAGUUGAAGGGCAAAGAUGUACAAGCAAGGAAGAGCUAA